AUGGCGACGCGCGAGACCCCCAGGGGCGUCGAGGCCACAGGCUUCGCGGACCCGGAGAAAAAGCUCAUCGAGAACUGUCCGCUCGUGAUCACGACGAUUGAAUGCCGCCCGAAGGACAAAAAGACGUACGAAUUCGACUAUAAGAUCGCCGGCGACCCGAAGGACAAAGACGCGCUCUUCCUCAAGGACAUCCGCGAGUCGACGAGGAAGGAGGAGGGCAGCGGCUUCUUCAGUUGCGGCGGAACCACGUACAAGGUCUACGAGGGCACCGCGGUCGACAAUUUGGGGACGGUCAUCGACGAGAUUGCCGACCAGCGCGGCGCCUCGCACUGCAUCCUCUACGCGCACGGCCUCGGGUCGGAUCCGGAGAACACGAUCAAGACCGCGGGCGACAUGAACGAUUACUUCUCGAAAGGGGAUGAGGGGAAACGGGCGUUCGUGGUCCCUAUCUGCUGGCCCGCGGAGGAGAAAAAGGUCACGUGCCGGGAAGGGCCGAUGGCGUUCGUUCACUCGUACGUCGGGCAGAAGGAGGACGCGAAGGGCGCGGCGACGGCCAUGCGCUCGGUCCUCCAGAGCCUCAACGAGGCGAAGGCGAACCGUAAAAAACCAAUGCAUACCAAGAUCGCGAUGAUGGCUCACUCGAUGGGAAACUUCGUUUUGAAGCGGUUCGCGCCGGAGGGGUCCGACUUUAAGCCCGAUGAUUUCAAGUUCUGCGCGUGCUUCAUGGUCGCGGCCGACGUGCGCUCCUCGACCUUCUCCGAGUGCCCGGAGGCGUACGUCCCGAAGGAGAAGGCCGUCAAGGAGAAGCUCGUCAAGGAAUCAGACAAACCGCCCGUGGACGACAAGGGCAACGUUAUCAAGGACGCGAACGGCCACGUAAAAAAUUUCGAUCACGACGGCGUGGACAUCUGUCGCGUCGUCGACGGCAAGGUCCACAUUGUCCACCACAGCGGCGACCUGGCGUUGUUAGGGCGCCGAUUCCCCAUGUUUGGCAACACGGGCAAAAAUGACUUUUGGUUGGGGCGCCGGGCGCUCGGGAAGGACGGCCCUGAUUUUAAGGGCAAACCGCUAGAUUGCGACGAAUGUUUGCACCCCAAAACGUCCGAAGAACCGUACGUGUCAGGACAUCUCGUGGACGAGUCGUCGCUCCACCCGGACUGUCAAGGAAAAAAGCUCGUGUGGACGGACGGGAAAUACUUUCAUAAUGAAUUUGGGUUUGGCCGCGACCCCCUCGGCCACUCCUACCAGUACGGUGCAAAGAUCUGCGAUUACUACCUCGGCGCGUUGGGAUUGCCAAAGCCGUCGGACCCGAAGAAGUAA